GUUUGCUUUUGGGAGAUUAAUCGAAAGUUUGAAGCCUUUAUGUCAUUAUGAGUUACCCUGAAUCUUCUUCUUCGAUUUUGAGAUUGCCCCAAUCAACUUAUGCUGGCACUGAUGCCAUUGGAAUUUGGUCUGAAUUUGACCCAAACUCAGAGGCUGAACAACAACAACAACAACAACAACAACCUCCUUUCAAAAGACCUAGACUUUCUGAAGAUGGUCAAUCUAGUGUGGUGCAAUGCUUGCCUGCAAAUUCCAGGGCGCCUUUGAACCCUCCUGUCAACAAGGGAACAAAUAAAAUCUUCUUUAAAACCCGGAUGUGUGCGAAAUUUAGAUUGGGGACUUGUAGGAAUGGUGAAGGUUGCAACUUUGCUCAUGGCAUUGAGGAUCUUCGCCAGCCUCCUCCUAAUUGGCAAGAACUUGUUGGAGGUGGACGUGAGGAGGAAUAUCGUCAAUCGGGUAAUUGGGACGACGAUCAGAAGAUAAUUCGUCAGAUGAAGCUCUGUAAGAAGUUCUUUAAUGGCGAGGAAUGUCCGUAUGGGGACAGAUGUAAUUUCCUUCAUGAAGCUCCAUCAAAGUUCAGGAAUGACAUGGGGAGGUUUAGGAAGAGCUCGGGUAUUAGCAUCGGCACAACAGGUCCAGCAGCUGCUCAUGGAACUCCAUCUGAUCAACAAGGAACCAGUAGGCCUGGAAACAGCACUGGUUCUGAUGCUUUCCGAGGAAAUAUGAAGCCAGCGUAUCCGGUUUAUUGGAAAACGAAGUUAUGCACAAAGUGGGAAAUAACUGGUCAUUGCCCCUUUGGUGAGAAAUGUCACUUUGCUCACGGACAAUCAGAAUUGAAGUCAAUAGGUGUUCGUGAUGAUGGCGACUUUGGGAAUGCAGGUCCAGGUUUGACAAUAAUUGGUUCCAUUGCAACAAAGCUGCACAACCUUCCUGCAAAUGAUCCACCUAUAGUGACAGUCAAUGCCCCUCCAUCAAAUGAGGAAAAACAGGCUAAGAAGUGCUUUCUUAAAUGGAAAGGAACAAGGAAAAUCAAUAAGAUUUAUGGGGAUUGGCUUGAUGAUAUGCCAUUGGUGCACAAAUUGCCCAGUCAAGUGGAGAGUUAAGAGUUUUGAACUUCAAAUGCUAGUAUGAUUCUUUCGAGAUUUUUGCCUUCCAUUGAUUCAUUUGAAGAGAAUUCAACAUUUUAAUCUUCUUCUCUUUGUUUUGGAAAAUAAAGUGUCAGCCAUGGUUGUUUUGGCCCUUAUAAAAUAGAGUUUUCAUCAAAUUGUCUCUUCAUUCUUUCUUUGUUACCAUUACUUUCAGGGAUUGUAAAUUUGAGCAUCAAAUUCAAAGCAAAAGUUAAGAUUGUAUCCAAUCAA